AAGCGUUGUUCGAUAUAUUUACUCUUCGUUGUAUUUAUGUUCAUACGUGUAAGAGUAGUUCUAUCGUCCUACAGGGUACUCGUUUGUAUGGUGGCCGAUUUUCGCCAUCGUCGUACGUUCAUUUUGUCUGCUAUUCGCUCGCGAAUAGACGACGUUUUCCUUGUCAUUUCUUUUCUUCCGUUUCUCGCACUGUCGCUGUUGCGUUCUCAAAAACACGAAAAACAAACUUGUUUUGACAAAUCGACAUUAAACACUGAAUUAACAUAAUAUGGCGCUGUUUUGAUAAGAAAACGUUACACUUAGACAUGAUAACGUAAAUAUCUAACAUAAUAAGAUACUGUUUUGAAAAGUUAACCCCACACUUUUGCAUGAUAACAGGUCUUGGUAAUAUAAUAAAUCAUUGUUUUUACAAGUUAACAUCACACUUUGACAUGAUAACAUGGCUAGUUUAAACGAAUCACUAUUUCGACCAAGUCGCACCGCAUGUUCAUAUAAUAUCACAGCUCUUCAAACUCUAGAAUAUAAUAUAUGUAUUACAAUUCUGACAUGAUAUGUUUUAUAUAAUAAUACGCUAUUUGCGGAAAUUCAGAUCACAAUUUGACGUCCUGUUUUAUCUAUUUUAUAUCAAAAGACUAGUUGAACAAGAACACCGCAUUUUUACAUAAUAACAUAAUUAUUUGGCAGAAUAACAUCUAUAUGGGCAAUAAAACUUGAAGUGUUCCAACAUAAGGCAGCUGCGACGUCCCAUGAAGUAUGGUCGCUAGUGGUGUUUAAUUUGAUAGGAGUUUGUCAUAUAAUCUGUACUCGAAUGUAUUUAUAUUUAAGAACAAAUGAUCAAAGGGUAUCAUUUUAUGUCGGACUGUAUGUGACUGUCCUGGGUUUAGUUAUCCAUUAGACAAAAUUAAAUGUCUAGGAAAUGAAUCAUUUACUGAACUUUCUCCCAGCUUUUACGAAAUGAAAUCACGUAUGACAUCGAUUUUUCUCUUCGCGUCAUCUAUUUCUCAGAAGGAAACCAAGUUUAAGUUAACAAAUCAAGCAGUUUUCCAAAACGAAUGACCACGAAACACCAGACAAUAUAUUUUGAAACGGAUCAAUAGAUUCAGUUUGCCUGUUCAGGUAGCGAGUCGUCUCGUGAUACUAUAAAUAGCACUACAGCGGAACCGAAGCGCUUGGCUUCUAAGAGUAAAUAACUGUUAUUUAUCGUACUAACACCAGUUUCUGUGAAAUCUGCAUUUUUCUUUUAUCUCGCUGAUCAUCUAUCCAGCGGGUAAAUCACGCAAAUAUAACUCUUUGAGUAUGCGAAUCCUCAAUAAUGAGUUUGAAAACAUAACGCGCGCGUGCCGAUAAAUAUCGUUUCCAAGGUGCUGUCUCUAUGGCUUGAAUCAUAUUUCUUCUAAUACUGUUCAGAUAUAACUUCUCUUAACGUUAUAUAAAUUGAAUAUUUCCGUGGUGCAUAUGGUUGUUCUGGAAAUUCAGUCAUAACUUGGCAUUGAAAAGAUACAUCUUUUUUCUCAGAUAUUUUGGAUUUAAAGUAAAUUGUGCAAAAUGGCAGAGAAUAAUUGCGAGGAUUUAGGAAGGACGGUGGUGCUUUGUGUUGAUAACAGUCCUCAGGCAGAAUGGGCAUUUAACUGGUACGUGAAGAACUUUCACAGACCGGAGAACAAUGUGAUUGCUGUCCAUUGUCCAGAGACAUUUACAAAUGUUACAAUGAUGAGUCCCGGUCGAGUAAGCGAGCUGAUCAAAGAAUGCAAUGAAAAGCUAGAUUCUCUGAAAACAAAAUUCGUAUCAAGGAUGACAGAUACAGGCAUGAAUGGUGAAUUCAAAGCCAUUGGUUUAGAAGGAGAUAUGAAGCCUGGACAAGCCAUUGUGGAUUUCGCGGAGAAGUCUAAGGCCUGCUUUAUAGUCACUGGAACCAGAGGCAUGGGCAAAUUUCGACGAACUGUAAUGGGGAGUGUAAGCGAUUACAUAGUUCAUCACUCGCCAUGCCCAGUGUUGGUAUGUCGGCAGAAAGACCAAAAGGAACAAAAGGAAAAAGAGAAGGAGAAAGAGAAAGAGAAAUAACUAAAAUUGCUUAUUUGAUAAUAAGUUAUGAAGGAUCACAUUUCCAGACAAAGUUAGCUUUUAUUAAGAUUAUCUAAAACAGUUUUGGGCCAACUCAUCUCGCUAUAGUCAUGUGUACCGUACAAUGUAAUAAUAACAGUUAUUGUUACACCCACACCAGAACAAGCGACCAUUGUUUACUAAUAUAAACUUUAUUUUUGUUGUAAUAUUUUUUAAGUGUCUUGACUUAAACUAGGACAGUUGUAUAUUUUCAGAAAAUAGACGAUAUAAUAAAACAAAUCAAAGAAUUAAUGCUCUGGUCUAACAAAUUGAAGAAUCAUGACUCUUGUAGUUUCAUGUAAUAUAUUUAUCAUGUAGUGUUGUGCAAAUGUCUGCAGUAUAAGUGUUCAUGGUUGUAUAUAUCGUAAUUAAAUCUUAAAACGUA